CUCUCUCACUGUUCCAGAUCCGAUUUGCUUCAGAAGAUCCAGAUGGCUAGCGAACAGAAGGCUUCUCAACCGCAGGUGGACGAGGAUGAUGAAGUAGACGAAUGGGAUCAACGGAUCUUCAGUACAGGCUGUGCAGAGGAACAGCUUCGAAUGAAUGACUGCUAUUACGAGAAGAAAGACUGGAGGGUUUGCCGGAACGAAAUGGAGGCCUUCAGACAAUGCUGGAAGCGCAAAGGAAAUGAAGAGCGGACUCAGAGCAAAGACGUCUCAUCAGAGAAAUGAUAGAUCGCAAUGGUGCAGGCGUGGAGGCUCACUGCAGAGAAUUGGUGCUGUCCACUGAGGCUCGUCACGGGAUUUGGUGUUUCGAUGCAGUUCGUCCGCCACUGCAGAGCGCGUGAAGGCACAAGGUACUGCGGUUUUCCACCAACUCUCUCCUUCAUAGAACAUAAUCGCACCGACUCCUCCUUGAUUGUACAAUAAAUCACACCUCCCGGACCUCUUUUCUACUGUUUCAGUCCUUCCUUGCCUACCGUCUAAGUCCUACCUUGUCCAUUGUUGCAAAUAUGCUGCCAAUUUCUCGACUCCCUCUUCAGGCUCCAAGACUACGAGCGACGACUUUCCGGGUUCUGCGAACAGACCUUGCACGAUCCUCAACCUAUAUUGCGUCGCCACAGUUGAAGCUGUGCAGGAACUCCUACUCCUUCCGCACAAUAUUUACGAAGUCGUCGCCUCGAGGAGCCGAACCUGCAUCAACAGCAACCCAACCUUCCAAGCCAAACGCGACUUCAAGCCCACCAUCCAGUGAAACACUGCCUGCGCCGCCGACUGCCCAGGCGUUCGCGGUACAAGAUGACGAUCCUUCAAAUGUUGAUUGGACGCGGUCGUUUCAUGGUCUUUCUGCCGAACCCUUUUCCAAGGAAGCGGCCGGUAUACUCAUGGAGCCUCUGAGUCCGGACGAUGUCGAGAUCAAACCUGACGGCAUAGUGUAUCUGCCGGAGAUCAAAUACAGACGGAUACUUAACAGAGCCUUUGGGCCAGGUGGCUGGGGACUGGCGCCUAGAGGAGAGACAAUAGUUACAGAGAAAGCGGUCACGCGAGAAUACGCCUUGUUGGCUCAUGGAAGAUUGGUCUCUAUCGCCCGAGGGGAGCAAGACUACUUUCAUAAGGACGGCAUACCAACAGCAUCAGAGGGUUGUAAAUCCAACGCCAUGAUGCGCUGUUGUAAAGAUCUUGGUGUUGCCAGUGAGCUUUGGGAUCCACGAUUUAUCCGCAAGUGGAAGACAGAACAUGCACGGGAGGUAUUCGUCGAGCAUCAAGGAACAAAAAAGCGAACAAAGAUAUGGCUGCGGAAGGGCGAUCCAGUAUCAUACCCGUACGCAGAACUAAAGCGUUGACCACGGUGAUGGCAAUUCAUAGCCAACGGUCUAGCUCUUGCCUUCGGGCUCGCCAUUAAUCACAGACCGCCCUAAUCUGCAUACACUGCAGACCACACGAUUUCGACCCAGUCCCGACAGCAAAUUGACGGGACCUCCGUGUCUCGGCUAUCGAUUCUGAGACGCGUUCAUCCUGUACGCACGGCAUGGCACGCACGGCUUUCGGCAGAUGGACGGGCGAUAUCGAUCAAGGUUGAUCAGAUCCGACGAGGAAUUCGCCACUUACAACACCUGGAGAUUGCCUCACUGCUCUACGCGGAGGCUCUUCUGGACGAGAGGAUAGGUCUACCUCUCCCGCAACAGUACUCGAUGGAAGAAAUGCCAUCUCACAAUGGAUCUCCACUCUGUCUCGCUUCUCGAUCGCCAGUCCGCAGCAGCUUCUUGAAACUCAGUGCAACAGUUCAGUGCAACACAUCAUUGUCAAUGUCUUGGCCAUCAAAUCCCACUGCAGCUGCUAGCUAUGCCUGGACAACUCAGCCCAAAGGCCUUUCAGAUUGAACGUCGCACGUCUAUGUACCAGCCUGAGGAGCCCGCGGUCAUAAUCAUGUGACGAUAGAGGAGAAAAUGUAGACUGCUGCCAGAUCACCGGAGAGUGUGGUCACGUAAAUCGUUAGAGCGCCUGCGCCGACACGUUGAUCUUAUAACUUUGAAAGGCAGCGGACAGAUUACAAGCAUGCAGUCGCUAUUACAGAGUGUUCGCGUGCGAUACAGUUGAAAGUAUUUCUGAAAGAG